GACGGCGCCGGAAGUUGCCGAGACGACGCGGGUUGUGACUGCUUCCGAGGACCCGGGAAAGGUUUUGCGUGCACAGAGCUUGUUUGAGCUGCCGAGGCACUAACAAUGGAUACCCAGAAAGACGUCCAACCCCCAAAGCAGCAGCCGAUGAUAUAUAUUUGUGGAGAGUGUCACACCGAAAAUGAAAUAAAGUCCAGAGAUCCAAUCAGAUGCAGAGAAUGUGGAUACAGAAUAAUGUACAAGAAAAGGACUAAAAGAUUGGUGGUUUUCGAUGCUCGGUGAAAACGUGAAAUUCAGGAGUGUCUUCGUUCAAACAUUUGCCCCCCUGAUGCUUCUCUGUGUUCCUAUGGUUUCACUUUAGAAAUGUGAUUGUAUUUUAAUACUUGUAUAAAGGAAGUUUUGGUUUAGCAUAUGACUUUUAAUUUAUUGUGCCUCUAAUCUCUCACACAAUGAAGAUUAAAGUUGUUUCCCCAAACCUCACUUUCAUUCAGUCUUGUUAAAGAGUCGAGUUUCAGGCCAUCGAGCUGCUGCUUCCCCCUACCCAGGGGACUUGAGUUCAGGCCCUGGAGCCUACAUGGUGGGAAGAAGGCCAACUUCUAAAACUUGUCUGCCCUCUGACCUCCACGUGCACACUAGGACUUGAGCAUGCAUGUAUGUGCACAUACAGAGAGAAAGUAAAUAAAAUACAGGUAAAAAUUCUACCCAGACCUGAGCAUGUGUGUAUGUGCUUACACAGAAAAUAAAAUGCAUUAGAAAAAUCCUAAGUGCAGUCUUUUAGAACCAUUUUCUAAGGGUCUGAGAAAUAAGCGCCUUGGAAACCACUCUACUUUGUUUGCAGCCGUCCAGAGCACCACUCUGCUUGCCGUCUGGAAAAAUUCAAAAUUAAUAUGAAACAUUAGAAACAAAUAGGAUAAAAGAGGUGGCUGGGCCAGAACGCUGACUCGGGGGUUGAGAGCACUUGUGUUUGCAGAGGCCCCAUCUCAGCAUCCAUGUUUAUCUCCCCACAGCCGUAACUCCAGUCCAGGGCAUCGGACACUGCCGUCUGGGUAUCUCACACCCUACAAAGACCCAUGCAUACACUCUGAAAUGUGAGAGCUCUGCUCACAUACACAGGUAUACAUAGCCCUCAGACCACCAAAGAGAUUCUGGGAGCUGUGGAGCUCUCUGAUCCCUCUGAUGCCCGUGCUUGGGAGGUGGGGGCAGGAGGAUUUAGCAGGAGUUUAAGGUCGUCUUUGACUACAUAGCUGGUUUGAGGCCUACGAGACUGCUAGCGCAGAGGGCCCCGCCGCAGAGUUCUGUCUCCAGCCAUCAUUAUUCUACUUUGUGUCUCACUAAAUUGCCUGGGCUUGUCACCUGGUCUUGACCUUGCAAUCCUGCCUCAGUCUCCCGCAUAGCUGAGAAUACAGGCCUACACCAUCCGGCCCAGCUUUACAUAACCUUUUCUGUGUAAGUUCAGUAAGUAGAAUGGCCUUUGGUGUCCAUCUUUGGACCCAAGUGCCCAGAACACCCUCAUGAGCUGGCUGUGUGACCCUGACCAGGCCUUCUUUUACACCUUUGUUGAUCAGGUGCAGGACUUACUCUAUGAGGACUAGUACUUUCUUACCUGCCAACCGUGCUUUUUCAGAUGGUUUUGGCCGUUUUCAAUACAGCAUAGAUGGCACACAGUCAAAAGAAAGCAUUAAAUGUAGAAAGAAAAUGACAAAGCCCACGGAAUGAGAACCAUUCAUUCUCCAGGUUGUUACGGUUUCUUUCUCCACUGGGAAAUCAAUGACGUGGAAGUUCAGGUGGUUGCUUGAGACUCGCAUCAGGGCUGGAAGGAGGUGUGACGUCUUUGCGACACAUGGAGCUUAUGAUGCUAUUUCCACAACAAACUUGGAGAAGCCGCCCAAGGAUUACCCUAACUCUUGAGUCUUCAUCUGUAAACAUGCUGUGUAAAUGUAAAAGCUUGAGCGUCGUUAUCGUUCACUCUUCAUGCCCCUGCCCCAGACUUGUCUGUCCUUAAACACAAAGAGGAGGAGAAUGUAUGGAAUUCUGGAACCGGCUGGGCAUACGCCAGCUGCUUCCUUCAUCUGUUCUAACGAGUCUGAAAUGUAUUUAAAAAUGGAAUUAAAUUUCUCCAAAAA